AUGAAGAAGGGCAGUAAAAAAAGCCUGACACGAAGCUUGAAAAUAAAAGACGACGGAGAGCUGGUAGAAGUUGAGAAAAAUGAAGAAGACGUCGAGUUGAACUCGGAAUACCACCGAGAGGACGAAACAGCAGGAAAGUCUCAUAACUUGACGGAAAAGAAGAAGGAGCAAGAAUCGGAUCAAUUGACAGAAGCCACUCGAAAUGCUAAAUUCUUGAAACGACAAAAAACAGGAGAGGACGCGGAGAAAUCAUUGAGAGAAGAGCCGAAAUUGACAGAAAAUUACUCCUAUGAAGAAAGACGUCGACGCGUGCGAUUUGAGCAUCCUGCUGAAGAGGGCGCGGCUUCUGCACUGUCCAAGGACGCAGGAAAAGCGGAAACUUCUUUGUCACUAACACAGGCUCCUCAGAAACUGAAAAAGACUGAAGAGACGAAAGAUGCUUUUUCGACAAUCAAAUCGAAGGAUGAUCUGCAAAAAGAACAAACUUCUUUUGAAGAAAAGUCGAUGAACUCUAGCAGAAAAGCUCCAAUUGACGAUUCGGAAACAAAGUUCACAUAUCCUUCGAAAGAACACGAGGCAAACUCACUAUCUGCGGUUAAGUCGAAACAUGCAUUUUCGCACAAAGAAGAUGAAGGUAGAACAGAAAAAAAUCUUGGAGAAAAUACGGAGAGAUCAUCAUUUGAAGAGAGAAAAAAAACUGCCAAAAAGAAAAAAGAAGAGGAUAACGCUGAAACUUCCCAUCAAGCCACUAUUGGCAAUGAUGAUCGGAACUCUUUGAGUAUCUCGAGCAAAAACAUAAGAAUGCGAAAAAAACAGCCAUCUGAAAGCACUGAAGCCAUCGGAAAUGAUAAGCAAAAAACGGAAACGUCAUAUGCAGAGGUCCAUAAAUCAAAAGCUCCAAAGAGAGAAGAAACUUCUGAGAAAACAGAUGCAAUGAUCGAUUUGAAACAGAAAGAUGAUGCGAGUCUGGCUUUGAACAACAAAAACGUGAAACUGCAGAAGCCGGAAGAAGAGGAUAAAACUACGGAAAAAAUCUCCACCAAGCCUUCGCUCAGAGAGGAAAGUAAGCUAGAAGAUAAAUCUGCCGCAUGGAAAAUGGAAAAAGACAGUCAAAAGAAAACAGCAGAAAAAUCGGUUUCUGAGUUACAAAAAGUAAAAGACGCUCUAGCGACGAUCUGUGUCUCACAAUCUUUGCAACCUGAACAUACAGCUCAAUCAGAAGAAUCUACCGAAAAAACUAUCGCUGAGCCUAAUAAUGAUAAAGAUGCCCUAGCUAUGACUGGUCUGAGAAAGCAGUUGAAAACGGUAGUCAAAUCAGAAAAUUCUACAGAAAAGUUCUUGACUCAGCCACGAAACGUGAAAGACGCUCUCGCGACUACCAACCUGACGAAGUCAAUAGAAGCAGAAAAUCCGGUUGGAACGAAAGGCUUCCUUGAAAAAACUAUAGCUGAUCUGAGUAAGGAGAAAGACGCCUUGGCUACGACCGCUCUCCAUCCCUCUUUAAAAUCUAAAAAGCCUACUGAAGUCUCAACUGAAGCAAGCCGCAACAAAAACGAGCCCGUUGAAAGAAAUUCUCUAAGUUUGACUACGGUUAAUUCGCAGAAAAGUAAACCUUCGAGCGACGGAAGUGCGAGCUAUGAUAUCAAACCCGUCACUCCAAAAGCUACGGACCAAAUAUCUCUUGUCGAUUUCGAACAUUCAAUCACGCUUGAACCUGCCGCCGACUCGAACAAGCAGAGAGAAGAGCGCGUAAAUGCGACUACUGAAAAAUCUCUAGCUGAGCCACAUAGUGGAAAAGACUUUCUAGCCGCUAUCGGUCUGAACAAAUCAUUGAAAUCGGAUAAUUUGAACAACAUGGAAGGUUCCAUUCAAAAAUCUUUCGCUGAGCCGCAGAAUGAAAAUGAUUCUUUGGCUAUGACCUCUCUUCAUACUUCUUUGUCACCUCCAGAAGUCGCAAAAGCCGAUGUUGAUGUGAAUCAAAAAGAGAAAAAAACGACCGAAGAAACUUCCUUGAAUCUGACGUCGAUUAAUUCGAAGAAAACUAAACCGACUACUGAAGUAAAUGCUAGCCGUGAUGUCAAACCCGCAAAAUCGAAAGAAGGAGAAAAAGAAGAACUAUCUAUCACCGCUACUGCGCCGUCUCUUAUUGCUGAACCUAGUGACCAAUCAUCUGAAUCGUCUCUUCCUAUUAGAAGAACCCAAGAGGAAACAAAGUUCACUGAGAAAAACAGUGUUUUUGAAAAAGAAAGACCUGCACAAACUGACGGCGCCUACAAUUUGCUUCCAGUUCAAAAUAAAGAACGAGAAUCAAUAAGCUUAAUGGGAGUAGAACAAGUUCUAAGCAAGCAUCCUGUCGAUUCCAGAGUAGAAGACGUCAGGAAAGCAGAAGUUGGCGGUGCUACCUCUUACGUCGAAACUCACAAAGCAGAUUCAUUGAGCUCUGAAGAAAAUUCAGCAGCUGCUGAUGCAAAAAUACCAACAUCAAGAAAAGAUGCGGAUGGAUUGGCAAUUGUUGCUGAAAAUAAACAAUACGAAAAGUCGGAUACAGCUGAAAGAGCAUCAACGACCGUUAAAGAAAAAAGACUGAAGAAGGCUAAAUCAAAACUGGAAGAGAAAUCAAUAAGGUCAAUCCAAAAGCGCGAUCAAGUUGCUGAUCAAACAGAAAACACGCUUCCUGAACAAUCUGGUGCCAAGGAUUCUUUGUCUUUGAUAAGCGUAGAUCCCAUCUUGCUUCCAGAAAAAGCAUACGAGGAAGUGCAUCAAAGUUCAGCACAAGAAACGGACAAGACCAAGUACAGUGAGAAAAAUGUACAAAAUGAACUGAACAAAAAGGUCGAAAAUGACGCUGCCGACUUCGAAAAACUUUUGAAAUCAAAUGAUAAAAAUAUUUUCGCGGAGACCAAUAAUAAGGGAGAUUUGAAAAAGAAAAGCCCCCGCGCCCAAGCUACCACGACGCAAAAAGAGAAGAUUGCAAAAGAGAAUAGUUCAUUGGUAUCAAAGGAAAAAUUAGUUGAACUUUCACGCGACGAAGAGAUGGCUGGAGCAGAGGGAAAACUCGUGGAUCAAGACGUUACUGCAGAAACAUUGUCAACUACAAAUGCUGAGAACGACUUCAAAAAAGCUGGCCUCGUUGAUGAGACUGCUGGUUUAGUAGUCGAAAAGGGUGCUGAAAGAGAAGCAUCAAGUCUAGCACAAACGUCCAAAACUGCUAAACAUCGCAGAAGAAGUUCUAAAGCAGAGGCCAAUAAAACCAUUGCUGUUACUCCAAAAGAUGUCGAUCGUCUUGAAGCUUUGCAAAAAGACGCUCAAUUCAAAAAAGAUAAUGAAACUAGGAACUCAGAAGGCGAUGUAAUUCCGACGCAAAAAGAAGACACGGCUUUAUCAGUAUGCGACCAGGACAAUGAGUUAAAUAAAGAGACGACACAACUUCAAGCUGAAAAGAUUUUGAAAGUUAAGAAAAUAGAACUUGACUCUUUGGCCGAACUUAACGCGAAAAGUCAGCUGAGCAAAAAACCAUCCGUCGCUGAAACAGUAGGACCAGUUCCGUCAGAAAGGGAAGUCACUUCAACUUCUUUAGAAGAUAAAUUAGUUGAUGUUGAAAAGAAUGCCGCAGAUGUUGACGAGGAAACUUCAAAAACGUUACUUGAAAAAGAUAAACAACAAAAAACCUUGUCAGUCAAAAAUGAAGCAAAAAAAGAAGCAACCGCCGACACAACUCUUGAAAUUAAUCGCGAGAAAAAACCACCAAAAAAAGAACAUGCAAAAACAAAACUUUCUACUGACGACAAAAGCGCCGACAGCCUUACAGUCCGUGUUAAAGAUCUGAAACUCCAAAACGAGGAGCCAUCUCAAGAAGAAGCUGAAACAUUGCGAAAAGCAAGUAAACAGAAAGCUUUUUCAGAAGAAAAAGCACCUUUGAGCGACACGCACAAAGAUCUUCACGCUAUCAACAAAACACAAGAAGACACAGCUGAGAAGGUCGCACCUGAAAAAUCGCAAGAGAAGGCUGCCGUGGCUAUAGCCGACUCCGACCCAACAUUGAGCCGGGGAGAACAAUCUAGCAGAACGUCGAUGACCAGUCCUGCUGUUUUCGUCGAAAUAACUGCUUACGGAGUAAUAGACACGAAUGCUGUUGCAAAAGCCAAAGAAGCCACCGGUUUUGCUGAAUUUGAUCUGUCGCCUGCAUCUUAUAACCAGGAGGAACUGUCUGUUAUGGAUGCUGACCACAGCCUUACUGAUGAAACCAAGAAAAAAGCUGAGGCUGCUGAAAUUCCAACUUUAAGUGCUGAUAAAAUGACGUUUUCUGUCGGUCACGCAAACUUGAAUUUAAAAAAAGAAGAUGAAAAAGGCCAAAAGACCGCAUCAAAAGAUCAUCCAGAGAAAAGCCGUGUUGAUUAUUCAGAAUCUCAGAACGAUUUCGAAAUUGGAAAAGAAUCGAAGCAAAACGACGCGGUGGAAACAUCUGACCAGAAGGCGAAAGAGAAGCAAAGUUUAGCAGUUCAAGAAAUUGAUGCAAAUGUUGAGGCUGAUGGAAAAAAAGAAUCGGCGACUGCUGCACGCGAACAAAAAGUUCAAGACAGGUUGAAGGCCUCUGUACCGGAGACAAAACAAGAAAGAGACAAACUUGUGAAAGACUCUACUCAAGGAAAUUUGCAACAAGCUCGUUACCCCACAUUGCUCAUUCACGAAAACCUCGACAAAAAUGAAGAAACUGAUUUUGAAGACGAAGAAGAAGAAGAAGGAGAAGCCGAUGGGAUCCAGAAUGACAACGUGGAGAAUGGAGCUCAGAAAAAAGGAAAAAAGAAGUUCAUUAUCUCGGCAAUAUCAAUGGACGGCGAGUUCAGCGACGCGGAGAGCAUCGCCUUUGCCGAGGAUGGCGCGAGAGUCGAACGACGUCGCAAAAAGAAGUCAGUGCGGAUCGAUCCAGUGACUCAAGUUCAAAACGAGAAGAUGCCAACAUCAGAAAAAAGGCCAACAGAAAGUAAGCAAACUUUUCAGUUCCUUUUGAAAAUUAUAAAAUUCGAAAAUAGGAGAAAUAGGUAGGAGUCAAAAGAUAUCACUCAUAAAAUGUAUCGAUUGAGAAACUUGAUGAGUGAAAACGCUUGACUGUAUUCAGGCGAGUUCCAUUGUUGUAGUAUAAAAAUUAUAAUCUAAUAUAUCGAUGAACGUUCAACUUAAAGGUUUAAAAAAAUGUUCUUGACUUUAAAUUCUCUAAAAAAACUCGUUUGAAAGAUGAAUAUAAAACAAAUAAUUUCGCUAAAAUUGUGAUUGACAAGGUAUUCGAAAGUUGUCGAAACAAAUUGAGUUUCAGCCGUCGUAGAAGAAGGAGCUGCUCCAUCAUUCAAAAAGAAAAUGCAGUAUAUUGGUUGUAUUGAAGGAGACAACGUGAAAAUCGAGUUCAAAAUAAAUUCGAAUCCUUCGCCAAAGGUUGGGUUCACAAAUGGUUAUUGAAAUGUUAAAACUGAUUCUUAGAUUGGCGUGAGCCGCAACGACAAGGCAGUGAACGACAAGCACAAAAUGCACAUUGCGAGAAGAAGCGACGGAAACGUUCACACUUUCCAAGUGACUAUCGACGGCGUCGCUAAAACCGACGGAGGAAAACUUGUGUUCGAAGCGACCAACAAGUUCGGCAACGAUAAGUGCACCGUGCUUCUCGACGUCCGAGACGCAAGUUCCUUCGUCCAGGACCCAGCUGAAGAAUACCAGGCCGCGGGGCUCGUCGACACCGUUUCCGAUGUUUGCGUCAAAGAAGGAGACACAGCGAAGUCAGUUAUUCAAAAACAUUUUCGGUUCAAAUAAGCUUUCUAGGCUCACCGGGAAAGUUAGCGGAUUUCCACUGCCAGAACUGAUUUGGAUUAAAAACGGACGCGAGGUCGAUAUGAUGGCACCGUCAACCAAAUAUCACCUUGAAUACCACUCCGGUAGUCGCUCUAGCAAAGCAUGACCUUACUCUCUCUUUUAGAUGGAGAGUUCGAGGCUCGAAUCGCCAAUUGCGGCUUCGAAGACGAUGAUGACUACAGUUUGCUAGUGGAAAACCUGGCUGGCGUCGACAGCUGCAACUUCCAAGUCUAUGUUGAUUGCAAAGGUAAGGGGAAAUUUACUCUUUUUCAAAAGAAAUUUCGUUCAGAAUAUCCACAAGAUGAUCAUUUCAAUAGAAGGCGACGUCUCCAACGAGGAAAAGCAAUUGGAGAAGCCUCUUCGGAUAGUGAAAUUGAAGGCAAGAACAAAAAACGUAAGAGAAGAAUGAAAAAGGUCAGUUUCAAAAUUUUAUAUUUAUCAUAAUUUUUUUUUAGGUGUUUGAGCGUACAAAUCCAAAUGCGCCACGACUCACACAACUCAUACCGCCUCGUUUUGAUAAGAUUCUUUCGGACCAUGACGCCGUCGUCGGAGAAAACGUGGUGAUGAUGGUCGAGACUUUGGGUGAGCCCGAACCUCAGGUUUGGUUCUACCAAGACGGUAAACUCAUCGAUGAAACAAACGAAAAGGUAAGAAAAAAAUGUCUAAUAACCGUGAAGUUUUCUGUUUUAGGUGGAGAUCCGCCACGAGGAAGAAAAAAGAAAGCAUUGGCUAAUUCUGAAGGACAUUCGGAAAGACGAAGAGGCCGAGUACGCCUGCCAAGCGAUAAAUGUUGUUGGAGAAGCUUGGUGUUUCUCCGAUGUCUUUGUCCAUUCGUCCAUCCCAGGUCCCGUUUUCGUCCGUCAACCUAUCCGUGCCUACUUUUUGCUCUUAACAUUUAGAAAUUCGAAUACCAAAAACCAAAUAAUGGCACUGUUGUGUUCGUCUUCUGAAUGUUAAGAGUUAUUGUUUUUUUUUUUAGAAGCUACGAGGCUCAGACGAUUGCGCGAUGUAAAAAAAAACUCAUUUUUUUUUAUUUAGAAAUCCAAGAAAAGCCGAUUGACGAAGCAGAAGAAGACAAGAAGGAUAAUAAAGUUAAAAAGAAGAAGGCUAAAGAAGAAGCUGAAAAAGAGAUUGUCGUUCAACAGCAGGAAGAAGUAACUUUCGAGGAAGAGAAAAAGAAUGAGAAGGAUGAUAAAAUCAAGAAAACCAAGAAGAAACGAGAUGAAUCUGUCAAGCCUGAGAAGAAAGAAGGUGUACUUGAAAAGACUGCGCAGGAUACGGAAAUAGAGGAGCAGCAAGUACAAAAGAAAAAAGAAGAAGUAGAACAGGCGGCGCAAGAUGAGGAAAAGAAGGGAAAAACCGACUCGGAGGUUGCUGAACAAGAUGUGACUGCAAUAACUCAGCAAGAAGAGACCAAAAAGAGCCAGGAACUUGAGCAGGCUUCUCAGGAAAAGAAAAAGAAAGAACAAACCAAAAAGGACGUCGGAAAGAGAAAAGAUUCAAACGCUAAAGUAGUUGCUCAAGAAGAAGAGUCUAAGGAGACCAAGCUAUCUGCUGAAAGAACUGGGGAAGAAUUAAAGAAAAAAUCUGACAAAAAGGAAGAAACUGAAACAACAAUUGCAAAAAUUCAGGAUGCACAAAAAGCAGAAAAUGAUUCUGCCGAGGAGACCAAAAGGCAAGAUGAAAAAUUGAUGAAAGAUUCAGCAAAGCCUGUCGAAGACAAGAAGGCAGAAGAAAAGCAGCAAGCCGUCCCAAAGGUAGACAGCAAGGAGAAGAAAACUGCUGCCGAUAAGAAAACUGUGGUCGAAAUUGGCGAGGCUAAAAAAGAAGCUGAGGAAAAGGCUGAAAAAACCAAACCAACUUCAGAUGAGACAACGAAGGACAAGGAAAAAGUUGAAGAUGAGAAGAAAGAAUCUGUGGCGGCUAAGAAAAAAACUGCUGAAGUUGGAAAGGAAAAAACCCUCGACCAGAAGAAGAAAGAAGUGGAUGAUAAAAAAGGUAGAGAUGAAAAACCUAUUGAAGGAAAAGAAGAGAAAGCUAAGCCAAAAUCUAAGUUGGAAACCGUUCCUCAGCCCAAACUCGACACCAAGGACAAAAAGAAAGAAGAAAAAGCAAAAAGAAGUGAACCCAAAUCGAAACAAGAAAAGAAACCGGGAGAACAUGCCGAAGCAAGAAGACCAUCGAUCAAGGUCGAAGUUCAGCCUGAGGUUGGAAAAGAAGAGGAGAAGAAGAAAAAGAAUGUAAGUUUAUCUAAUUUGGAAACUAACUUGAAAAAUACUUUGAAGAUUCCGAAGCCUCUCUUCAUCCCAGACGAAAUCAGUUCGCGUUUCGGCGAUCCCAGCACUAUCCACUCGGAAACCAACAUCACCACUCAGAUCACGGCAAGGGAAGGCAGCGCCGAGAUCAUGUCGCCCUUGACACAGCCGCAGUCCGCCAGCGUCGUCAUGAAAGUAUUCCUAAAACUAUUCAUUAGAACAUUGAAUUCAACUUUUUCAGGUCGAAAGUGCCAACAAAACCAAGGACUCUGCGGAAUUCUCUUUCAAACGUCGGUCGGAGACUCCUGAAGGCAAAAACAAACGCAAAGAAGGACUUCCACCACGCGCCGAAGACAAAAAGACUGAAGUACGUUUCAUACUCUCACCACUUAACACAUUUUUGAAAAUUUUUGAAUCGAAAAUUGAAUUUUUAUACUUUUCGAAUCGGAAAAUAUUAUUUUAAUGCUCACUAGGGAACGUUUUUAUCCCCCGGUAGUACGUUUGAUCAAACUUUUCUGAAGUGUGUUUUAGGAUCUCCUGAUUGCGAAACAAGAAAAAAAAAUUCUCGCAAUAGAUCUGGUUUUCGAAGAAGGACGCUUCAAAAGCUUGAAAUAGCGCAUUUUUGGCCUAAUUCGCGUAUUUUGCGGACUUUGUAGGUUCAUAACUCGGAAACGAGAUCUAUUGUGAGAAAUUUUUUUUUUUCCUGUUAUGCAAUCAGGUCCAAAAAUACACUUCAGAAAAGUUGUUUCAUCAAAAGUUCAACCGGGGGGUAAAAAACGUUCCCUAGUUAGUGAAACGUAAUCUUUCCCUUUUUUCCAUUUGCAUUGAUAUGAAAGGCCUCAACCAUGUUCACCAAUAUCCCAAAAAAAACUAACAGUCCUCCUCAAUAUCGUCCGCAUGAUUUUAGGAAGGGGUUGGCGUCGAACCGAAGAAGAAAACGAGCAAAGCCGAGCCUGCCGGUCAACAUGAGAUAAAAAAAGAAGAAUCCACAGCGGAAGCUCAUAUCUCCCUUCUCACGGCUGCCAAAACAGAUUCUGCUGCAGUUGCGACCGAAAUAUCCACAACGGUUCAGCUACCGCAGUUGACAGAAAGCAAAGACUCAAAGAAAAUCGAGUUGGAAAAGCCUGAAAAGAAAGAAGAGGUAAAAGCAGAAGUGAAGCCGAAAAAGAAGGUUGCGAAACUUGAAACAAGCCAAGAAUCGGCUUCUAGAAAGACAAGCACAACAGAAGCGGAAAGCGUCAAAACCAACGAAGAAACUCUUCAGAAAGAAGAUAUUGAGAAGAAAACCACUACCAAACGUCGAUCCAGUAGUAGUAGUAAACAAGCCCUCGAGAAAAAACCAUCCGUUACAUCAAAGACAUCCGACCCUACAGAACCGAAGAAGCCUGGACAGGAGACGCCGAAAGCGAUCGAAAACAUUGCUGACUCGGCUUUGAAGGUCGAAGCUGAUCAAAAAGCAGCCGAGAAAAAUCUGCGCCAGACACAAGUAGACAAAAAAGACACCACUAAGAAACCAACUCAGGAGCAACACGACGAUAAGAAAAAAACAGUAAAGAAAGAUGAAGAGCCUAAGGAAAGAACCAAACUCACGAAAGAGAGGUCCGUCGAAGUUACGUCGGUUAGAGAAGAUGGCACUCCAAUCGAAACUGCCGUAGAUGGAAAGAAAGAAACAAUUACUACCGAAACCUCUUUGAAAGCGGAUUUCAGCACAGAAGUGACAGACGCAAAGAACGCAAAAGAAGGAAAAUCUGCCAAAGAUGAGACCACGCCAAUACUUCCAAGAGAGGAUACUGAAGCUGGAAGAGAUAUAAAGUUAUCUGAAACAAAAGAAAAAUCUGCAGAAAAGAUUGAAGUUGAACAAGACUAUAAGAAGGAAACUGUUGAAGAAGUUCAGCGAAACGAGAAAAGUGCAGAGAACAAGGCAAAGAAGGUGGCUGAAAAGGAGACCCCAGAACCGUCAGAGAAAGAAGCUAUCAAGGAAAAGACAAUGACAAAACGUCGAUCUAGUAAAUCAAGGCCUGAAAAAGAGAAAGCCGUCGAGCCAAGUGCAGUUCAGAAAGUUUCGAAGUCUGAAUCCGAAGAGAGGGAUAUGGUUGUGGAUGACGCCGUCUCCAAAAAUUCGGAAGCCAGAAAGGCAAAAGAAACUACAAAAGGAAGUUCUGCCGAAGAGAAGACACCGUCGAAACAACAAGUUGAAACGGUUGAAGCUAGAAAACCAACUGAAUCUGCGGAAAUGAAGCCCAAAGUUCCUGAAAAGAAAGCGGAAACAAAAACGAAAAAAGAUUCUAAAUCAAAAGCAAAUGAAGAAGCAAAACCGAAUGAAGCAUCUGUUGCAAAGAACUUUGAAGAUGCCAAAAUAAAUGAGGAAGAGCCUGAGAAGACUUCAGAAGAAAAACCUCCUACAAAACCUAAAGAGCAAGUUGUCUCAGAAGAAAAGGCAAGCAAGACGGUUGAUGGAGUCGAUACAAAGAAGAUGAAAUCCGAAGGAGAAAAGGCGAUGAAAGAUGACGCCAAGCUUCAAGUCAAAAAAUUGCAAGCUGAGUCAAAACCCGAAGCGAAAAAGAAGGAAGUUGUCGAACCUCCAGAAAAACAAACGAUAACCGGAAAGAAGACGACAGAACAAGAAGCUGAAAUGCAGAAGCUAGAAAAGGUUGAGCAAGUCUUGGAAAAACCUGCCGUUACCAUCAAGAAGAAAAUCCUCAAAGAAGUUUUGGAAGCUGAAACAGAACAAAAAUCAGCUUUGGUUGCAAAAAAAGAAAAUCUAACAGAGAAGUUGACCAGCAGAGAAGCUGAAAAAGAAGAGCCAAACAAAAAGAAGACUGAAACUGAGAAAAAAGCAGCUGAAAAACUGCGGCUGACAGAAGUCGAGAAGAAAGAGGCUGUGAACAAACCAAAAGACGAACAACCAGCCGAUAAGAAAAAGACAACGGUCAAGAAAGAUGCUGAGCCAGAGAAGGAAACCAACGGCACAACAGAGAAACCUACUGAUGUUUCUUCGAUUAAAGAAGGUGUUUCUUUAGGUAAAACUGUCGUCGAUGAAAAGAAAGAGGUAGUCUCUGUCAAAACUGCCUUGAAGAAAGAGCCAAGCAAAGACGUUCCAGAGGUCAAGAAAGCAAAAGAAGUUAUUACUGACAAGUCUGCUGAAGAUAAAACUGCAGCGAAACUUCAAAAAGAAAAGGCUGAAGUUGAAAAAGACGCGAAGCUUUCCGAACCUGAAGGAAAGUCUGAGAAGAAAGCAGAUAAGCUUAAAGCGAAAAAAGACACUCAGCCGGAAUCCGUUGAGGAAGAUCAACCAAAAGGAAAAAGUAUAGAAAAGAAGGCCGAGAAGGUUGAAACUGAAAAAGACACCAAGCCAGCGAAACCUGAAGAAAAAACUGCCAAAAAGGUGGAUAAGGUUGAUGGAAAACAAAAAGUUGACCAUCCCGAAGAUGCGGAAACCAAGUCUAAGACUUCCAGGGCCAAGGAAGAAGCGCCAUCAACAAAGCCAACGGUCGAAAUUCAAGCUUCUUUGCAAAGUGAAGAAAAAACAGUCCCACCUGAAAAGUUAGAAAAGGAAAAGACUAUAAAUGAAGUUUCUAGACCUGAAGAAAAAGAAAAAACGGACGCCGAGAAAAAAUCGAAAUCUAAGAAGAAAUCUUCCAAAGCCGCUGAAACUAAAAAGAUUACAAUAGAAGAGACAUCAGAAGGUACUUUGAGCUUGUCCGAGAAGAAACCUGCGCUAGAAGAACAAGAGUCCGCCUUGAACGUUGAUGGUACUUCGGCAACGGUGAAACUUCCUACUGAUAAAUCUGCUCCAGAAGUUCAAGAUUCUUCUUUGAACGUCGAUGGUACCUCUGCGACGGUGAAGCUUCUUGGAAAAGAAGAAAUUGAACCAGAAGGUGUCGAAAAACCAGCAGAAAAAGUUGGGCCGGCUGAUACUUCCAAGGCUGACACAACAGAGAACGCCCAUGAGAUAAAAGAGCAAAAAGAAGAGAAGAAGACUAAAAAACGAGUAGUCAAAAAACCAAACAAGGGGAAAACAGCAGAAGAAGACGAUUCAGCUACGGCUUCGGUACAGGAAAAAGAAGAGAAACCGGAAAGUGCAGAGAUUCCGCAGUUUUCGAAGGAACCAAAAAGCGUUGCUGAAGAAAAGAUCUUCUCCGAUGCCUCUUUACGCAAUCGUUCGACUAACGGAGCAGAAGAUGCCAGUUUCUACGAUAGCUCUAGAAAGACUUCGCUCGCUUCAUCAGAUGAGGGACGGCGUCGUCGUCGACGUCGAACUGGCUUCGCGUCUACUUUCACAGCUGAAACCUUAGCUCUGAGAGGCGACAACGUCGAGUUCGAGGUUGAGCUGUACAACGAAGAAGACGAAGUCCGCUGGGAAGUUGAUUCAAAGGAUGCGUCUAAAAAUGCGCGUUGUCAUUUCACCGAGAGCUCUUUCUUUAGGACUUUGAUUCUCGAUAAUGUGAGUCCUGACGACACCGGACUUGUUGUGACGGCUUUUAGCGAUGGUCAAAGCGUCUCCACGAAGCUGGCGGUAGAAGAACUUCCAACAACAUUUGUCAAUUACCUUCCGCGCAAGUCGAGUGGAAAAGAAGGACAAGAGCUCACAAUUAGUGUCACCUUCAACCAUCCUGUCGACGUCAACUCGGUGUUCUGGUUCAAAGAUGGAAAGAAACUAGCGGACAGUACUGAGUAUUCGAUCGACACGGUCGGUUGUUCAUGUUCCCUGACCAUCCGAAGAGCUAACUACGCCGACAGCGGCAAAUACGAAGUACAGUGUGAAGGCGCACGCUGCGGGACCUACAUCACAGUUCAAGGCAAGCCUGUGAUCAGUGGCGACGGCGCCAAGCAGGUAGUACAGGUUCGUUUUGUAUUUUCGCUUAUUUAAGAAAUCGUUUUUUUCCUGUUCUCCCAAAAACACCUGCAAAACAAUCCGAUCUCAUUCCCAGAGUCCGCGCACAUCAAAAACAUUUUUCCUAUUAUUCCAAAGUUGGAGCACACCAACGCAGACGUUUUCCUUGCGCAAAAAGCACUAAAGUUUUCCGUUCGGGGCACAGGUGGCAAAUUUUCUCUCCCUUUUACCUGAACACCUUUAAAAACUAUCCAGCUUUCAUUUUGUAUUCCCCUAGAGCUCACGCACAUCGAAUAUCUUUUUCCCUACAGUUCCGAAAUCGAGGCACAACCUGAAUUCUUUACCCUUGCGUAAAUUUUUGACAAAAAAAUACAUACUAGAAAAAAACUUUCAUAAGCAAAAAGAAAUUAUUAAAAUUGAAAGUCGUAAUAUUACACUUAAUCAAUCAAUUAAUUUUUUUAUAAAUUCAUUCAAGACGAAGUAUAGUCAAUUUUUUUACCGAGUUGAAAGGCGAGGGAGGCGGGAUGCGUAGCGUGUGCGUACGCGGUUAUUGGCAAGAGUUCAAUUCGACCGCCCGCGGCUAUUUGGAGCUCGUUUAUCGCUCUUUUCAUUUCUUUUUGAAUUUUUUUGAUUUUUUUCAUGUGCGCAUUAAAAAAAUAGUAGAACAUAUAAAGAAAGAGCGGUGACCGAGCUUUUUAAAUAGUCGGUGCGCUUGAAUUCAACUCGUGCCAAGAACAGCGUACGCAUCCCGCCUCUCUCGCCUUUCAAGUCGGGAAACAUUGACUAUAUACUUUUUUUGAAAAACCCUAUAACUUUUUUAUUGUCGAAACCUAGUCAAGAAAGUUUUAUUUUAAAAAAAUCUUUUCUUGAGUAAAUAAAAACUUUCAUCUACCUUUCCAGAAUAAAAGCGAAAAAAAACGGAAAAAAACACGAUCGAAAAAAAAACAGUAAAACUUCUACACGGGCAAAGUCCAAAAAGGUCUCAAAAAGGACUUUUGGAUAAAAUACCUUCAAAAGGCCUCAAAGGCGCCUUUUUUUCUAAACCUUUUUCUGAAAAAAAGACCUUUCAAAGAGGUGUAAAAUAUAAGAUGAAAAAAAAGGUGUAAAAAAGGAGAUUCUGAGAAACUUCUUACAACUUUUUAGGAACUCAAAAAGGAGCGUUAGGCUCUUCUUUUUAAGGCCUUUUUGAGGUCGUUUGGACUUUGCCUGUGUACUAUCUAAAAACCUAUUAUAUAAUAUAAUAUUCGAAAAAAAUUUACUUGGAUAUCCUGAGGUCGUAUGCAAUAAAGUGAAUAACGAUUUUCCGCCAUUUUUUUGGAACUUCAGAAUGACUCCAAUUAGUCCACUGUGGAGAGUCGAAUAUCGAUAUCUCAUCCACAUCCGAAGUCACCGCAUUUCUUUCAAAAAUCUUCAAAAUUUUCAAAAAUAUGGCAAAAGACUCACACAAGCGUACUAAUUAGAAAAAAAAAAACAAAGACAGCGAUUUAUGAAAAUUUUUCAUUUACAAAAAAAAAAUGCUUCAAAUUGAGAUUUUCUUUUUUUGAAAAAAACAGGUUAGUCAAACAAAAAAACACUAAUAAUGAAGGAAGCACAAAAAAAUCACUAUCCCAUUCUAUAUAAAAUCAUCAUUUUUUUCACCAAAGUAUAAUUUCGCGAUCAAAAACUUGUAAAUUUUUUUAUAAAUAGUAAGUUCUCAUGAAGAAAUUAACUUUGGCGACAACAGAAAAAGUUGAAAUUAAAAAGAAACAAAGAAAAAAGGGAGUGACCGAAAAAUGGCAAAGCGUGUUUUCCAUUGAGCAACUUUACUGCCCCAACGCUGUUUUGGCGGUGGCAUAUUUGUAUCCAACUCCAUCCGCGUAAUUAUAUUAGUAAUUUCGAACAUUUUUACUUUCCAACUUUUGGACUCUCAAUAAGUAUUCAUUUAUUCCAUGAAAAAAAUAAUUUUAAAAAAUUCUUUCGACAGCUCCUAUUGGAACUUUUCUUAGCUUACCGAGAAUAUUUGAUUUUUGGUCGUUUCCAGGUCGACAAAGAUGAAAAGAUCAAGGUCCACAUUCCUUAUGACAGUGAACCAGAAGCCUCAUUCUCACUACUGAAAGAAGGCAAAGAAGCCGAAUUCGACAUGAGAUCGCAGGUUGACGUCGUCGACGACGGAAUCGUUUACUCCAAGAGGAACGCGACAAAAGAUGAUGCUGGAGAAUACACCGUUUCAUUGAAAAAUGAGUUCGGGGAAGCGACACAGAAAUUCGUUGUGAAAGUCAACGACAGUCCACCAGCGCCAAGCGACAUUUCCGUCACUCAAAUUGAGUCCGAUGCCCUGACUGUUGAGUGGAACCCUCCCUCAGACAACAACGGAGCCGCCAUCACUUCCUACGUCAUCGAGAAAAAAGAAGAAGGCAGGAGAAAGUUCCACAAAGUUGCCACGGUGAGUGAAUUGAAAAAUUUUUAAUUUUAUGAAUAAUUAUUUUCCAAGGUAUCUGGAGCAAAAACGUCUUACAUUGUUGACGAACUGGAAAUGGCCUCUUCGUACAUCAUCCGCGUCGCCGCAGUCAACAAGUUCGGCACCGGCGACUUCGUGGAGACCAAGCCUGUAACCACUGGCUCGCCGUUUGGAGCGCCCGUAAUUAGUUCGGCUCCUGAAAUCGAGCCUCAUUCUGCCAACACUUGCAACCUUUCCUGGGCAACUCCGGAAACGGACGGUGGCUCACCAAUUUAUGGCUACGACGUUUUCCAAAAAGAGGACAAUGGCGAUUGGCACAAGCUGAAUACCGAUGACCUUGUUUUUGUUGAGAAGUACCACGUGAAGGGACUGAACUCUGGAGUAGACUACCAAUUCAAGGUCGAAGCGAUAAAUGAAGCUGGAAUCCGAUCAAGUUCUAAUGUUCCUUCUGAAACCUACAGUAUCCACGGAAAUCCUCCAGAAGUCGUUCUAGAGGUUCCAUCUGUGAAGGUGCUGGACAGUGACAAAGUGCAAGUAACUUGGAAUGCUGAAGGGAACGACGACUUUGUCAUUCAGUACAAAUCGGAUGGCUCUUCCAUCUGGGCCAACGUUGAGAGCGCUACUGCAGAAUGUGUCAUUGACGGCCUCCGCGAAGGAAUUUCCUACGUCUUCAGAGUAGCCGCUAGGAACGUGUUUGGAACUGGCGAGUACAGUGAUGAGUCGGUUCCGAUGAAGAUACUGGCCGAUGAUGCUCCAAGGAUCAUCAAGGCAAUCAAAUCAACAACGAUUCCUAAAAAACGAUCGCUUCGUUUGGAAUGCCACGCCACAGGUCAUCCGACGCCUGAAUACAUCUGGUUCAAAGAUGGUGAAGAAGUCAUUCCCAGUGACGAAAACACGGAAAUCGUGAACGAAGGGUUCAUGAGCGCUCUCAUAAUCCAUGUCGUCAGCGACGCCCACGCUGGAGAGUACAAGGUUCUUGUUGAAAAUGAUCAUGGAUCGAGUGAAUCAACGGCUACUGUCAGUUUGAGUGACGUACGAGCUCAUUUCAACUCCUCGUUCGGCGAGUUGACAGAAACCGAAGAAGGCAGAGACAUUGAACUAACCUGCGAGGUCUCUGACGAAGAAGCUGUUGUCAACUGGUACAAGGACGGCAAAAAGUUGGUUCCCAGCGACCGCGUCCAGUUCUUUGCGGUGGCUCGAAAACGCACUAUCAGAAUCAAGAACACGACAAGCGCCGACAGUGGUACUUACAAGUGUGAGACAUCAGACGGUCGAAGCCGUACUGAGGGAGAAGUCGUCGUGAAAGAAGAAGAAUCACGAAUCACUGUGGGACCUCAAGACAAGGUUAUCAGUGCUUUCGGUGAAACUGUUGAAUUGACUUGUGAGCUCACGAAGCCCGUCAGAAAAGUUGCCUGGUACAAGAAUGGCCAAGAAGUAUGGCCUCAAAUGAACAAGACAGCUAUGAGCGUCGAAGGAACCAAAGCAGUUCUUGAAAUCAAAAACUUCAACACUCACGACAUCGGCGAAUACGUUGCUGCUCUUAGUGAAAAUGAGAAGUCAGCCGCCGCAAAUCUUUCAUUGGAAGUCCUGCCAGAAGUUGAACUCCCAGAGGACUUUGAAGGUGACGUCGUUUGCCAUGCAGGAAAAGAACUCGACUUCCAAAUCAACUUCACUGGCUUCCCGCCACCAAAGGUUCACAUAACCAGCAAUGGAACGCCUAUAAGGGCUUUGGGAGACGUCGAAGAGUACGACGACAGCGUCAGUGUCCGGAUGAAGAAUCUCAAGAGGUCGGACUCCGGUCCACUCAGAAUAACUGCUGAAAACGCAAAGGGUUUCGUCACUCGAGAAGUCAACCUUGACGUCAUUGAUGUGCCAUCAGAACCACUUGCGCUCCGCGUCAGCGACGUCACCGAGGACAGUGCUCUCAUUUCUUGGGAGGCUCCAGAAGAAACAAAUGGUGCUCCGAUCACCGGCUACGUGGUGGAACGCAAAGGAGUUGACAACAAUCGAUGGCGUCCAGUUGGUCAUCUGAAGUCAACUCAGUUCACUUUCAGUGCUGAUGAACUGUUCUCCAAUCAGGUCUAUGGAUUCCGCGUCCUCGCUGUGAACGAAGUCGGAGAAUCUGAACCAUCUGAAACUGUUGACGCGAUGACAAAAGAAGAGAGCGAGCCACGCAGUGAAUCCUCAGACGUCUUCGUUCCUCGAAUCGCUCAACUUGAGACCCCGAGCAAACCCAGGCUGACAGUGGAAGGAACGAAGGUUCAUCUGGAAUGGGAUUGGAUCCCUGAGACCAGUUUGUACAAACUUGAGAGGAAGCAAGAAGGCGAGGACGACUGGAUGGAACUCGCCAACACAGAUAGGAACAGUUUCUCUGAUCGGUCUAUUGUCGAAAGCGGCAUCUACGUCUACCAAGUGACGGCCACUGGAAUCCACGCCAUUUCCGACCCAAGUCCCACAUCAGACUCUGCUACUAUUCAAGUCGAUGAGAAACUAUCGAAGAAGUCCAAGAAGCCAGAAGAGAAUAUUUCGAAGGAUGAGGCUGAUGUUGUUCAAGUCAACGGCGGAGACGCUGUUUCAGCAAAGAGUGACGAAAUUCAAGAAAUCAAUAUUGAACGGCAAGACGCAAAAACUGAAGAGGUCACUGAAAUCAAAGAGGAACAAAAAGCCAUUUCUGAAGAAAAGGCUCCUGAUGCUACCGAAAAGCAGCCAUUAGUCGAGAAGAAGGAGAAGGUCUUAAAAAAGAAAGAAACGGCAUCAGUAGAAAAAGACAAGGCCGAAGCCGAAGGAGAGCUUAAAGAAGUCAAAGAAAAACUGAAGAAAGGAAAAACUGUUGAAAAAACCGCUUCACAGGCAUCUGAACAAGAAAAGGAGGAAAUUUCUUCGGUAAAGAAGUCUGAAGAAAAUGAGAAGCAGACAGAGGAUGUUGCUGAAGAAGCGUUAGUGAAGGCGGAAGAGACGCACGUCGAAAUGAAGUCUGGAGCUUACGGCGAGAUCAAGGUAUUUCCAAUAGGUAAUGUAUUAGUUAAUGUGCGUUUUGAGGCUACCAUUGCUUCAACUGACGUGGAUGUGGAGUGGAAGAAAAACGGGAAGAAGCUGGACGCCUCGAUCUCCGUGGAAACCAAAGGAACGACGACGACGCUCCGAAUUCCUUCUGUAGAUGACAAGUCCAGCGGCGAAUACACGUGCCGUGUCAAAUCCAGAGAAGGAAAGGAGGCCAGUGUCUCGAUCAUUGUUAGCGUCAAAGGUUUGAAUUGGAUAAAAAAACGGUUUUUUUUUAUUAAAAAAAUAUUCAGAUGUACCUCGCGUUGAGGCGGAAUCGGCCGUCGUUGAAGUGAAAGAAGGAGAAACGGCCAGGUUGGCGGCUCGCGUCGCUGGUUCUCCAAAGCCUGCCUGUCACUGGACCAAGGAUGAAAAACCGAUAAAAGUGAACGGAGCUACCAGAAAAACGAAUGAAAGCGAAUUUCAGGAGGACAAGAACGUGAAGUCAUCAGUUAAAGAAGGUGUUGCUGAGCUGACCAUCAGCAAGGUAGAAGCGGCUCACGCGGGAACCUACCGACUCAGCGCUUCCAACACCUCCGGAGAGAACAACGUCGAGAUAGCUCUCAAGAUCAAGGGUCAGAUUAGAGUAAUAGAGAUAAACUGUUCGAAGUUGUUCAGGGACACCAUCAGCGCCGGUUGGACCUCUCGUCAUCACUGAUAUCACCAAUACUAGCGUCAAUCUUGCUUGGAAAGCUUCGGAGAACGAUGGCGGAAGUCAAAUCCUUGGCUACUGCAUCGAGAAGAAGGAGUCGAGCAAGAGAAGCUGGUCUUUCGUGCAAAGAACUACCAAAGAACAGUUCACGCUUGGUCUGAGAGAAAAUAUUCACAGAAAAAAUGGAAUAAAAUUGAUUCCAGAAGGUCUGGCGCAGAAAACUUCCUACGAUAUUCGAGUAAUGGCAGAAAAUGCCUAUGGAACGGGUGCAGCGAUCGAAGGACAAGCCACAACGACAGAAGUUAAAGGUGGGAGAAAAGGGAAAGUUCGAUGAAAAUUGACUUUAUUGAAAAGAAAAAAAACAUCUAUAGAGAAGAAUUUUCAGAAAAGCCCACACAAGCUCCUGGCAAGCCAGCCAUUACCGCCACCACUGCCAAAACGGUUUCUCUCGAAUGGAAAGGAGUUGAUCAGGAAGAAAUCACUUACACUGUUCAAAUGAAGGAGGUAUGUAGAGAGGAUGUGAUUACAGAGUUCGCGAGGUAGGUCAUUCAAAGGCGACCUGGAGAAGUCUCCGCCCACGAAGAAAUACGGAAAUACGCGUCAGGAUAUAUUUUGGCGCGCUGUCAUGCCUUUUGCAAUAAUAAUAGACGACGCGUAUCUAUAACUAUUUUUCUUUAAAAUAUGAGCGAAUAUGUUCAUAAUAAAUUUGUAAUGUUAAACAAAAAACUCCUUGCUGAGGUUUUGAAAAAUAGGUUAGCUGAAUUCAAAGUAUCGGCGUUUCACCGUGAGAACUUCAUAAAACCUAUCUUUCUUAAAAGAGUUACCAAGAAGUUUUGAACAAACAAUAACGAGAAAAAAAGUUCUGGCUUGUGAAUCAAUUUUGGACCGUUCAAAUUUUUAAUUGAGAAUUUGAUGAUAAAAAAAUAAUUAACAAAUUUUUAAAAAUUUAUUCGUGAAUAGCGUUAUUCAAACAGAAUACGAGCCUAAAGGAAAAUUCGAAAUUUACAGGCCAACUCGAAGAGAGCGUGGAGCACGGCAGCCAAAGACAUUCAGGAGACGUCGACAACGGUCGUCGACCUCAAGGAAGGCUCUGAUUACGUCUUCCGAGUGAUGGCGACGAAUGGCGCCGGCCAAGGUCCUGCUUCUGAGCAGAGCGACGUCGCCAAGUGCCAGCAACCUGUCGGUUCGUUCUUUGCUGGAAAUAUUUGUCAGCUUUCUCAACGUUUUUUUGUUACAAAGAAAAACCAACCAGCCGGAACAUUCAGAAACAUCCAAGCCAAAAUUCGUCGUAACGCCUGAAGACAUCAUCUCAGUUAAAGGAUCCAAAACGAAAAUCUCCGCCGAGUUCAGCGGUCAGCCUGCGCCGGAGAUCCACUGGUUCAAGAACAAAAAGGUUAAUGAACAUUUCUCUUCUGUUUUUUAUAUUCAGAUCCACAAAAAAAUGAUAAUUUAUUUCUCACUUUUUUUGUCGUAAUAUUUUCAUAAAACAAAAAUUUAUAUUGUUUUUCAACACCUUUUUUUCAGUAUUUCCGCUUCUGAGAGUUGAUAAUAUUCGUAUAGUUCAUUCAAAAUUGUUUAUCGAGAUAAUUCUAAAAGCAGAUAUCUUGCUUGGUCCAAAAUAACAAUGCGAACGGCUCUCCAAAUAACUUCAAUUUUUCUAUGCAUCUCCGAAGUAAAAAUUGGUCGUUUGGAGAGGUUCCAGCCUUUGAGGUCUUAUUUAUAUCUCUAUAAAAAAAGACCUUAAAAGUGAUGAAAUUUAAAACGGAAACCUUUGUGCUUGAUGAAAAAGGGGGAAAAAUAGAAAAUGAAUGUAUUUUUGGAAAAAGGAAAAAUUUUGGAAAAAAAUUUGUCCUAAAUAUUCAAAUUUAUGUAGUAACAAAAUCACCUUAUCAGUGGAGCUUGACGAAAAAUUUGCAGGAGAUCUUCUCAGGCCAAAGACAAUGGAUCGAGACGGUAGGCAACGCGACAUCGCUGACGAUCGGUGAAUUACGCGAAGACGACGAAGGCGAGUACAAGAUCGCGCUGAAAAACUCUCAAGGCUCCGUGGAGCACUCGCUGAAGCUGACGAUGGACCAGCUUCCGGAGAUCAACCGCGUCGAACGCUACUCCUCGACCCUCGUCUUCGACAAGGGCGAAACCGUCAAGCUGCGUCUCUCCUUCUCAGGUACGUUGUUUAAGGAACGAUUUUACUUCUUCUAA